GCGACAACCCAGAAAGAAUAGAUUUGAACGAGAGAGACGUUUCCCCUCUACUCGUAAACUGAUUACUUUUUACCUCUUGGUGGAACGACUGUCCAGAAAUUAUUCAAAACAAAUGGGGGCAUUUUGGUUUGUGGAGCUGGGCGUAUUAAUAUUAUUUCUCCAGGCUUUCAAACCAGGGUUGUCGGAGGAGUCAAAAUGUCUUCCAGGUUUCAAUUCAGAAAUGUACAUUUUCAAAGUGGAAAGAAAUCACUUACGAAGUGGCCGGAGUCUUGGAAAAGUGGUUUUUGAUGACUGCACCAGCCGUACCAGCUUUCUCUUUCACUCCGAGGAUUCACGCUUCAAAGUAGAUGGCGACGGGACGCUGAAACUGAAGAGGGGGCUGACUCUGCAUAAUGGACAUAAGGAGUUCUAUGUCUCUACCCAGUCCAAGGGCAAGAAGAUCACGGUUCCAGUCAGAGUGCUGCAUAAGGCCAGACAUGGCCACCACCACAAUCACCAUGAGAUGACCACCCAGCCCAAGCCAGGAGAAAGUCUGUCUCUACCUGUUCUGAACUUCCCCAAGUCUUCAGGAGGUCUGAAAAGAAGGAAGAGGGACUGGGUCAUUCCUCCCAUCAACUUCCCAGAGAAUGGCCGAGGCCCGUUCCCCAAGAAUAUGGUGCAGAUCAAGUCCAGCAAUGAUAAAGAGGUGAAGAUCCAGUACAGCAUCACUGGCACUGGGGCAGACCUACCUCCUGUGGGACUCUUCACUGUGGACAAAAACUCUGGAAUACUCUAUGUGACCCAGCCUUUGGACAGGGAGAGAAAAGACCAAUACAUUCUCCUAGCCCAUGCUGUUGCAGUGGGUGCAGGUAUAGCUGAGGAUCCCAAGGAGAUCAUUGUGAAAGUCAUCGAUAUGAAUGACAACAAACCUGUAUUUACCCAAGAUCCAUUUACGGGAACAGUUCCUGAAGCAUCAAAACCAGGUGAUGAGGUCAUGCAGGUAACGGCCACUGAUGCUGAUGAGGAGGGCUCUGCCAAUUCUGAUGUCAGAUACACCAUUCUCAGUCAGGAGCCUCCACUACCAAGCCCCAACAUGUUUGUCAUCAACCCUGUGACUGGAGGGAUUCGGGUUAACGCACCUGGGUUGGACAGAGAGAAAUUUACCAAAUAUACUUUGGCAAUCCAAGCUGCCGAUAUGGAGGGAAAUGGCCUCACCAGCUUUGGCAAAGCCAUCAUUACAGUAACGGACAGCAAUGACAACGCGCCACAGUUUGUGACACCUUCGUACACUGUGUCAGUCCCAGAGAAUAAAGUGGAUGCCUUGGUGGUGAAAAUGCCAGUGACUGAUGGAGAUGAGCCUCACUCCUCUGCCUGGGCCACCACCUACAAGAUAGUUGACGGGGACCCUCAAGGCCUUUUCAGUGUGUGCACAAGCCCUAGCAAGCUGGAGGGCACCAUUAUGACAGUAAAACCUGGAGCAAGUCUGUCUCUACCUGUUCUGAACUUCCCCAAGUCUUCAGGAGGUCUGAAAAGAAGGAAGAGGGACUGGGUCAUUCCUCCCAUCAACAUCCCAGAGAAUGGCCGAGGCCCGUUCCCCAAGAAUAUGGUGCAGAUCAAGUCCAGCAAUGAUAAAGAGGUGAAGAUCCAGUACAGCAUCACUGGCACUGGGGCAGACCUACCUCCUGUGGGACUCUUCACUGUGGACAAAAACUCUGGAAUACUCUAUGUGACCCAGUCUUUGGACAGGGAGAAAAAAGACCAAUACAUUCUCCUAGCCCAUGCUGUUGCAGUGGGUGCAGGUAUAGCUGAGGAUCCCAUGGAGAUCAUUGUGAAAGUCAUCGAUAUGAAUGACAACAAACCUGUAUUUACCCAAGAUCCAUUUACGGGAACAGUUCCUGAAGCAUCAAAACCAGGUGAUGAGGUCAUGCAGGUAACGGCCACUGAUGCUGAUGAGGAGGGCUCUGCCAAUUCUGAUGUCAGAUACACCAUUCUCAGUCAGGAGCCUCCACUACCAAGCCCCAACAUGUUUGUCAUCAACCCUGUGACUGGAGGGAUUCGGGUUAACGCACCUGGGUUGGACAGAGAGAAAUUUACCAAAUAUACUUUGGCAAUCCAAGCUGCUGAUAUGGAGGGAAAUGGCCUUACCAGCUUUGGCAAAGCCAUCAUUACAGUAACGGACAGCAAUGACAACGCGCCACAGUUUGUGACGCCUUCGUACACUGUGUCAGUCCCAGAGAAUAAAGUGGAUGCCUUGGUGGUGAAAAUGCCAGUGACUGAUGGAGAUGAGCCUCACUCCUCUGCCUGGGCCACCACCUACAAGAUAGUUGACGGGGACCCUCAAGGCCUUUUCAGUGUGAGCACAGGCCCUAGCAAGCUGGAGGGCAUCAUUACAACCGCUAAGCCGCUUGACUUUGAGAAGAACAGCAAGUACACUCUGCUGGUCACUGUGCAGAAUGAAGUCCCAUUCGCAAUCAGCCUGCCCACCUCCACUGCUACUGUUGUAGUGAAUGUGGAGGAUGUGAAUGAAGCUCCAGUCUUCACCCCAGUGGAGAAGAUUAUCAGGAAACCUGAGGACCUCCCUGUUGACAGUGACCUGGUUCUGUACACCGCCACAGACCCAGACACUGCAAGGAAUCAGAAAGUCACAUACAAGAUACGAAAUGAUCCUGCUGGAUGGCUAAGUAUCAACAAAGACACUGGGCUGAUCAAAGUCAAGAGCCUCAUGGACAGAGAAUCCACUUUUGUCCAAGACAACAAAUACUCUGUUAUUGUUCUGGGUAUCGACAACGAUGAAAUCCCGGCAACUGGCACUGGCACCCUUAUCAUAGAGCUGGAGGAUGUGAAUGAUAAUGCUCCAACCAUUGAUGAGAGUGUGAUCAGGGUCUGCAACAAGGAGUCCUCCCCACAGCUGCUGUCAGUCACUGAUAAAGACAGCGCGGGCUUUGCUGCUCCAUACACCGUACAGCUUCAGGGGCCGUCCCAUUCUAACUGGACUGCCAGAAUGAACGACACAAAGACUGGCAUUAUCCUGACACUGAAGACUGUGUUGGACAGUGGAGAUUACAUGGUUGUCCUGAGAGUGUCUGACAACCAGGGCCUGCACCAUGACAGCACCAUCCAGGCCUCCGUGUGUGACUGCAAAGGAGCAGAUGUCCAGUGUACCGAUAAAGCUGUAGCAGGCUUCGGCAUCUCUAGCAUUCUGGGAAUUCUAGGAGCAGUCUUACUACUCCUAUUGUUGUCACUUCUGCUGCUCAUGUUCCUGCGGAAGAGAGGUGGUGAGAAGAAGGAGCCUCUGCUGCAAGAGGACGAUGUCAGGGACAACAUCUACUACUAUGACGAGGAGGGAGGUGGCGAGGAUGACCAGGAUUUUGACUUGAGUGUCCUGCACAGAGGUCUGGAUAACCGUCCUGAUGUUUUCCGUAAUGACAUCGCUCCAACCAUGGCCCGGCCAGAGUAUCGUCCACGACCCGCCAACCCAGCCGACAUUGGCAACUUCAUUGAUGAUAACCUGAAGGCAGCUGACAACGACCCCACUGCCCCUCCCUACGACUCCCUCCUGGUGUUUGACUAUGAAGGAGGUGGCUCUGAGGCCGGCUCCCUCAGUUCCCUCAACUCCUCCAACUCAGGAGGCGACCAGGACUACGACCUCCUUCAAGAGUGGGGCCCGCGCUUCAAGAAGCUGUCUGACAUGUACGGAGGAGGAGAGGAUUGAGAAGUCAGUCAGCCACUAAACCUUUUUGCUUGGAAACUGUCCGGUUCUCCACACUUGGGUCUGUAGACUGAGGUCAUUUCUUUAUUUCCCCUUUUUUAUGCGUUUCGGGCACAUCUACAGUUUGGCAAUUUGAUUUGUGCAGACAUGGGACCAUUUUAGAAAAAUGUGUUCAAUGCUCGUCUUCAGCAUGGGGAGGGUGGCACACUCUUGGCUCUGCACUAGCAGGAUGUUGACAUGGAUUUUACACAGUUCAGCAGUUCUUUCUAAUGGACUCUUAACAACCCCAGAUUGUACUUGAAUUUAAUAUGCUUUGUUUGCUGUUUUUUGCUUCUAUGUUGGCGUCGUAUCGAAGUUCUUUUAAAAAAAUGGAUGGGGAUAUAUAUAACGAUCCUUUGGCAUGAAAUUGAAGUUACUGGAAGCCAAAUGAGCCUUACGAUUUUUGUUAGCAUUUAUUGAGCUUGAUAAUAAACUUAAGUUUGGAUUACUUUAUUCCUUUUCAUUUUAAUCAUAUUAAUCACUAAGUAUAUUUUUUUUUCCUGAAGAAGCUCCGUUCUGCUUUUUUAAAUUAAAGAUAUCCCUUUGGUACAAUGAUGGAUGUUAAUAUUUGUAUUAAAUACAUUGUAAUUUGUCUUAUUUUGAAUUAAAUUAUUCAAAUUCACAGCUGAGACACUAGAUGGCGAUGAUUGAAUAAAACAGUUCUUGGUCAAUGAA